UUUUUUUUUUUUUUGAGGGAAAUUAAAAAUUUAUAUAAUAAAGAUGGAAAAUAUCAAGUUUAGUAAGAAGAAAGUAUUUUCAAUUGUAAUUGCAUUGUUGUUGUGUUACAUAGCUUCGGCAUGUAAUAAUAGGACGUCAGCUACGAAACAACCAAAACAAGUGCAAGUGCCUUGUUUCUUCAUAUUUGGUGAUUCUUUAGUUGAUAAUGGUAAUAACAAUGGUAUUCUUACAUUGGCUAGAGCUAAUUAUCAGCCCUAUGGUGUUGAUUUUGCACAAGGAGCCACAGGUCGUUUUUGUAAUGGUCGAACUGUUGUCGAUGUGUUGGCUCAACUUCUAGGAUUUACAGGCUACAUUCCACCAUUUUCAAGUGCAACAGGUGAUUCUCUUAUCAAGGGAGUGAAUUUUGCAUCGGGAGCUUCUGGUAUUAGAGAUGAGACUGGCAAUAACUUGGGUGCUCAUAUUCCAAUGAAUCAACAAGUGAACAACUUUGGGAGAGUUGUACAACAAUUAAGGAGAUUUUUUAGGGGAGAUGCAAAUUCCCUUCAAAAUUAUCUAAACAAGUGCAUCAUUUAUUCCGGAUUAGGAAGCAAUGACUACCUCAACAAUUACUUCAUGCCUAAUUACUACUCUACUUCUAAUCAAUUUACCCCUGAAGCUUAUGCUACUGCCCUUCUUCAAGAAUACUCGCGCCAACUCACGGAUUUGUAUCGACUUGGAGCAAGGAAGGUGAUCUUACCAGGAAUCGGGCCAAUUGGAUGCAUUCCUUAUGAGCUAGCAAGGUUCAAUGGGACAGCACAAAGCCGUUGUAACGAGGACAAGAACAAUAUUAUCAAUCUAUUUAAUUCAGGACUAAAACAAUUGGUUGAUAUUGUAAACAAUGGUCAAUUUCCAGGGGCUAAAUUCGUGUACUUAGACUCUUUUAAAGGCAGCAAAGAAUUGACCGCUAACAAAAAAUCUUAUGGACUCGAGGUAACAGAAGAGGGGUGUUGUGGAGUAGGGAAAAACAAUGGGCAAAUUACUUGCCUUCCUUUGCAAACUCCUUGUGAAAAUCGCUCCAAGUAUCUAUUUUGGGAUGCAUUUCACCCAACGGAGGUAGCCAAUGUGAUAUAUGCCAAGAUGGCAUACAACUCCAAGGCCAAUACAUAUGCACACCCUAUCAACGUUCGCCAAUUGGCAACACUCUAAUUAAUAAUUGUAUUGUUUUUAUUUUUAUUUUCAAGCAUCCAAUUGUAUUAAAUUCUGUGAGUUGUAUUAUUUUUAAUAUCGUUAACUCUAUUAAAACCAUAUAUAAUGGAUUUGAGUUGAAGCAAUGUGUGUUUGGUUAGGACCAAAUUGUUCAAGUGUAGUGUGUGGAAUGACCAUAUAUCACUAUUUUUUGUUUUUGGAUUGAGUUUGGAUGGAUGUUUAAACUUAUAUACUUCAUCUAAUUAACUUUUUCGUUGGUUUUUUUUUUUUACUUGACUUGUUUUUUUUUUAUCACAAUUGUCAAUGAUUUAUAAAAUUAGUUGGAUUUGCAAAUUGGGCAAAGGGAUGGGACAGCUACGGCGGUAUCCAACAAAGACUAAAACUGUGUUUGAAUAGAGAAAAAUGGAGGAAAGGGAAGAAAAUAGAAAGGAAAACUAAGGAUGUAUCAUCCUUUGCUUGGAUACCUAAUGUCAUGGCCGUCUAAGAGGAUGUGCAAAGAGACCCUCUAAACAAGGCCUCACUAUGUAAUUUAAAGGGCCCCUAAUAAUUCCUUUUUCCCCUUACCUGAGCAACUAAUAUAUCUAUCAUUGCAUAAACUAUGAUAUUUUAAUUACU